AUGCGUUUUGACACUAUCAUCCUCACCCUUCUCCCUGCCCUCGCAGCGGCAGACUUCCACAUCGACAAGCUCAGCAACACCGCCAUCUCCAGCGGUAGUAGCCAGACCAGAUGGACCUCAACCGUGGCGUGCCCCUCCAACUACUGGAACUGCAAGUGCCUCACCCAGAGUGACCGCACCGGCAAAGUUGAGGGGUCGCUUGGCGAUGAUGUCUUCGCAGUGCGAAACCUGUGUGGCAUGAAGAAGCUCAACUUUUACAAGAGCGGUAGCAACUAUCAGAUGUACGAGGAUAGUGGCAACGGAAAGGUCAUUGGAAAUUGCUACCGCAAUGAUGGAGAUGUUGGGAAGCAGUGUGGUAUUACGGGUGGGAACUCUAUUGUUACACAGGGCUAUGUGUGCUACUCGUAUGUUUGCAACUAG